AUGGAGGGACCCUCGGUGCUCGGCCCGUCCUGGCGGCAGAGCCGGGGCUGGCGCAGCCCCGAGGGAGAGCGGGAGCAGGAGGAAGAGGAGGAGGAGGAAGAGGAGGAAGAGGAGGAAGAGGAGCAGGAAGCGGCCGCUGUGGCCUGGGAGCCGCCAGAGCCGCACCGCGCUGUCCUGGAAGGAGGUCUCUGCUGCAGGGUCCGACCGUGGCUGCGGGACUGCGGGGCGGCGCCGCUGGACGAGCCGGGAUCGCCGGGACCCUGCGGGUGCGGCAGCAGCGGGACGAGCCUGGAGGACGAGCUGGGCCUGGCAGCUGAAGCUGUGCUGCUCCCGGGGAGCCCCCAGGCCGCGGGCAGGAGUCAGUGGGACCGGCGGGUCAAGCCUGGGGACAGCGCGGCCUCCAGUGUCCCCUGCAGUGUCCCCUGCAGUGUCCCCUCCAGUGUCCCAUCCGGUGUCCCUUCCAGUGUCCCCUGCAGUGUCCCCUGCGGUGUCCCCAGCAGCUCCAGCCUGCCCGCCGUGCUGGCCUGGUGGCACUCGGACGCCGAGGAGAUCCUGCACAGCCUGGGCUUCGUGGGCAGCGACCCGGGGGUGGCCUCGCGGGUCCCCCCCCGCUUCUUCUCGGGCCCGUCCCGCGCCAGCGGCAUCGACCUCGGGCUCUUCCUGCGGGCCCAGGCGCGGCGCCUGCAGCUGGAGGAUCCGUGCCUGCUGCUGGCCAGUCGCUUCCAGCAGGUCCAGGCCCUGGCUGCCACGGCCGACGCUUUCUUCUGCCUCUACUCCCACGUGUCGCGAACCCCCCUGCAGCGCCUCGCCCCCCCCCGGCCCUGUCGCGACAUCCCCGACAGCGCCGGGGAGCGCCUGAAGCGCGCGGUGUCCUCGCUGUGCCUCUACACGGGGCGGGGACACAGCGGUGACACCACGCGGGGGGCGACCCCCGGCCCGGACGGGACCCCCUAGGGCUGGCGAGGGGACGGCGACACGGACACGGCGUCCCCGAGGCCACCCCGAGCGGGGACAGCUCGGGGACACCCCGAGCGCUCCUGUCCCCAUGGCCGGGGGCUCUGGGGGGCUCCGUGCCCGGAGGGAGCAGCGCGGGGGGACACAGGGGAGCCGCGGGGCGAUGUCACCAGCAGGGUGGCGGUCACCCCCCGGCGACCCCCGGGGCUGCGACCCCCGGGCCAGCCCGGCCUCGGCUCUCGGUGCCACCCGGGGGACACGGCGAGG